GGCAGUCGACGUAUUUCCCUCCAGCUCGUACUCACUGUUCUACUACUAUGGCAUCCCGUCUUGGACGACGUAUCUUUGCGCAGGCUGUUCGCCCGAGUUUGCGCACGACUGGCCGCACCGCUGGCAGGCGGUGCAUGAGCAGUUCCGCGGAGGCUGGGAAGAGCAGCGACAUGCCAUGGAUAAUUGGCUCUGCUAUCACGUUUGGCCCUCUUGCCAUCUGGUUGAUCUCAUCGGGUUCGACCAAAAAGUCGCAUGAUGUCGCAUUAUCCCAUUCAAACGACGGCGCGUACAGCGUUAAGAACGAAGAUGAGAGCGCGCCGGAGCCUUCGGGUGAGGAGGCUGAAGACAAGCCGGAAUCCAGCGAAAGUAAGGAUGCGAUCACUGACUCUGAUGGGGAGACCGUCUCCGGCAAGGAGGUGAACGAGUCCAUGCAGCAAAGCUUUAACGAGGAUUCGCCCCCAGAUGCUCAGGCAGCUGAAGAAAAGAAGGCGAAGGACGGCAAGUGGGCCGAAGGCGCUCCCGGCCAGACCUCCGAGGCAGAGACGAAGCCCGAGCAGAAAGAAAAGCCGACCGAGAAGAAGGGCGGCGAGGCUCCCUCAGAUCUUGGCGAUGCCCGCAAGACGUCGAAGGGUGGCGAGGCACCGAAGGAAUCGGGCGCGUCGAAGUGAUUUCAUGCUGUUAUUCGUAGUUGUUAUUCGUAACAUUAGCACACUGACAAUGCCCAUCGACGUUCUCUGUA